AUGUCUCGAGACUACCACCAACUACCCACUGCUGGGGGCGAUCUCCCCCUAAACCCACCUUCGUAUGAAGAAACCCACAAUAGCAACAACAAUAACAGCGACCACCGUGACAGUAUCGGAAGCCAUGGAAGUGACACCUCUUCAUUGAGUGAUCUUGAAGCCAACAUUAAUUUCGAGGAAUUCGAAAUUGACGACCCCAACAAUAAUUUGUUCGCCCAAAAUAAUGCCCUGAGGCUAUUGGAAACCGCAGGGUCGGUAUCGCGGUCUAUCCGAUCUGGAUUUAGUUCCAAGAUCGUCCUGCCCAUCACCAGGCUUCUUGAUCCCAUUGCCGACACCUGGCACACCAUUACCAUCAAAUUCAACGUGAUAAUUAGCAAGUUUGGCAAUCCGUUAAUCAUCAAACGAUUCCUCUAUGUGUUUUUUGUCUCCACCCUCAUUUACCUAGUGGUUUCCUCGGGUCUUUAUCCGACAAGUCGGGCCCUGAUCAAUGGACAAUUCAAUGAUCCAGAAAUCUUGCUUGCGUACAUUAAAUCUCAUAUGGAUCCCCAAAAUAUGCAAGAAAACUUGGAAUAUUUGAGUUCGAUUCCCCAUAUGGCAGGCACUGCUGGCGAUUUGGCCCUCGCACGGUACAUCAAUAACGUUUAUACCAAAGUGGGGAUCAAUCCAAAAGAGUUCAGCGAGGUGGAAAGUUUUGUAAAUUAUCCAGAUGUUGCCAGAUUGGAAUUGAAAAGGGGUGAAGGAUAUGACGAAUAUAUUGCCAAGUUAACCGAACCUCAAUCGAUCAUAAUAAAUGACAACAAUACCACCGCCGACGAAACACAAUCUUCACCAAAUCAAGAUUUACCAUUUAAAGCAUUCAAUUUCUUAUCAAUGGAUGGGAAAGUGGAGGCACCGGUAGUGUAUGUGAAUUACGGGCGUACCAUUGACUACGAAUCCCUACAAAAUAUUGGGGCCAAUUUUCAAAAUUCCAUUUGUCUAGGCCGAUACGGGAAGAUCUCUGCCCCUUCAAAAAUCCAAAUCGCCACCCAGCAUAAUUGUAAAGCCAUGGUAUUUUUCAAAGACCCCCAAUACAUGGAUCUUACCCAAGAAGACAAUAGGGUAGUGAUUGAAAAACAGAUGGUAUCAUUUCCAGCAAUUUCUUCAGGGGAUGUCUUAACCCCAGGAUGGCCGUCAAUUGAUAGUAAUCCUCGUAUCCCAUGGGAAAAUUCAGAAACUGCUCCACAUAUCCCAUCGAUUCCUGUAUCUUACAAUGAUAUUCUACCAUUUUUCAAGGCGUUAAAUUCCAAAGGGGUUAAUAUCAAUACUGAGGAUGAGAAUUUCAAAGAUUGGGGAUUUGGUAACGAUGAAAUGAUCAAAGAACUCGGUUAUUCUCAGCCAUGGACCGGCACCGCGGAUAGCGGGGCGGCAGCAGUGGAAGCACUACUCGAAGUGCAAACCAAUAAGCGCGAACUGAAGGCCCUUUGGAAUAUUGUCGGGAAAAUAGAAGGAUCAGAACAAUCGGAAAAGGCGAUAAUUAUUGGAGCCCAACGUGAUGCUAGUUGUUUCGGCGCGGUUAACCCUAACACUGGGACUGUUGUGUUGCUUGAGCUAGUGAAAUUAUUUACCGAGAUGCAAAAGAAGCUCAAUUGGGAACCCCUUAGAUCGAUUUAUUUCAUCAGCAUUGAUGGUAGUGAAUAUAACUAUGCUGGUUUAACUGAGUGGAUAGAAGAACGCUUCAGGGAAAUCAGAAAAGAAAUUUUCGCCUACAUCGAUUUGGGGGAUGCGGUUAGUGGGGAUACUUUGGAAAUCAUGGCUCAUCCAGCAUUCGAGGCGUUGAUUUCCGAUGUUUUAGAUAAUGCGAAUGAUCCAAAUUUCAAAGAUCAAACUGAAGAUAAUGAUGAAAAUACUAAUACUGAUAACAAAUUAUCUGCGGUUUUCAAUAAUAAUUUCCAAACUGUUAGGAUGUAUGGGAACUCUUACCCAUUCUUAUCAUUCGUUGGGACUCCGGUAGUCCAAGUGAAGUAUACCAAUGCCAAAACCGAACCAACCGAUGAAUAUUCCCAUCGAUACCCUAAAAAUAGCUGUUUGGAUACAUUCCAACGGUUCCAAGAUUUGCAAGUCGAUCCAGAUAUGAAAUUCCAUUCGUCGGUAGUGGACAUUAUAUCAAGAAUUAUGAUCAAGCUUGUGGACGAUCCGAUCAUUCCAUACUCUCUUGAUGCUUUUGUGACUAGAGUGAACUCGUAUCUUGAGGAUUUGAGCCAAUACUGCUUGGCCGUUGCCGAACAGAAACAUUUUGAUGCCAAUCGGGCUCUCAAUACCGGUGGUCUUACCCAAUCAAUGGAAAUCCUUAAAAAAAUCGGCGAUCAAUUAACAGUGUGGGCCCGUACAUGGACCGAUAUAGUGUUCACGGAAAACUUGGGGAUUGAGCCUUCUUUACUUUCGGUGCAUCGUUGGGACUGGAACAGCAAACUCAUAUAUUUGCAAAGAUUCCCAAUUGUGGAAACCGGUCUCCCAAAUAGAGCCUGGGUUAAAAAUAUGUUGUUUGCUCCGCAACUCUACGAACCAGAAGUUUAUCAGGAUAAGGAGACCCAGAAGAAGUUUGAAUGGUGGACGUUUCCUAGUGUUAGAGAUGCGAUCUAUCAAAAUCAUUGGGACGAUGCCCAAAAAGAAAUCGAUCAACUUGCGCAAAUGAUUAAAGAUGCUGCCGAUGCGUUCUUUGGUGUAUAA